AUGGCCGACGACGCACCCGACGCCAGCCCCAAGAACGAGCCCCUCAACAUCGAGACCAAGGAAGACGCCGAGACCCGCGCUGCUCGUCGGGAGCUUAAGCAGUCAUCCAUCUCUGAUACAACACCGUCGGCCGCAGAGGGCUCCGACACGGCCAAUGCCUCUGAUGCGCCAGACAGCGACCUGAAGGAUCAGGUUGCGUCGCCCAAGAAGAAGCGCGCGCACGACCAGCUCGAGGGCGGCAAGGAGGCCGAGGACAAUGAUGCGAACAGCGUUGCAUCCACCGAUUCCGCCAAGGACAGGGCCUCGCGACUAGAGCCCGAGAAGAAGCGUCCUCGCGAUGAGGACUCCAACGACGCAGAGCCAGUAUGCCGCCUCGAACGUCCUUUGAAGCGCGCCAGGCAGACCGCUGACUCUACACAGACUUCAACAGCUGCCUCGAGCCAAGAAGCGACCAAGGAGGACGAGGCCGGCAAGUCGACAGCCAAGAAUGCUCAACCACAAACCUCUGCCAGCGCUUUUGCCUCCUCCGGCUUUGGCAAGCUGUCCUCUGGAUCAUCGCCGUUCGCUAGCCUCGGCGGCUCUCAGGGCGGCAGCGUAUUUGGCUCUGCUGCCGCUGGCAAGCCCUCGCUUAGCUCAUUUGCGUCCCCAGCUCCAUCCACGGAUGCGCAGCCCCCCGCCGCACCGAAGUUGACCUUUGGCAGCACCAGCGGCGCAUCGCCCUUUGCCGGUCUCUCUUCUGGUACUAAUGGUUUCGGAAGCGCAUUCGGUUCGAGCGCCUUUGGAUCUGCCCUGGGGGGUACCAAGCCCCUCUCGAGUUUCGCGGCCCCUGGAAAGGAACCUCUUAAGAGCGAGAAGCCUGCCAGGCCUUUUGGUGCUCCCGAGAGCAGCGACGACGAAGAGGAGGACGGUGACGAGGAUGGCGACGAGAAUGAGCCCCAAGAGGUUGAGCGCGCCCUGUCCCCAGAGAAGGAUUCCGACGAGAAAAGGAAGCUGAAGCUUCAGAAGAUCGAGGUGAACGAUGGCGAAGACGGCGAGGCUACGAUCAUAUCUGUGAGGGCCAAGAUGUUCUAUCACGAUAAGGAAGCAGGCUGGAAGGAGCGUGGCGCAGGCAUGUUGAAGAUCAACGUACCCCAAGCCUGCGUCGAGUACGAUGACAACGGUGCUGUCGUCCCUGGAUCAUUUGAUGCUUCUGCGCUAGAAGUCGAUGACCCAGAAAGCGCAAGCGCUCACGGGCACAAGGUUGCUCGUCUUAUCAUGAGACAGGAUCAGACUCACCGAGUCAUUCUCAACACAGCGCUUGUGGCAGCCAUGAAGUUCCAAGAGAAGGCUUCGCUGAAGUCAGUUGGAAUUCUCUUUACUGCCUUUGAGGGUGAGCAGGCAAAGCCUGUGAGCAUUACCAUGCGGCCCAUUCGGGUUCGCGAACAAAGAUUUGUAUGGAUGACGGCAAGGACAGGCAGGCUAGACGCCGAUGCUGGAGCAAUUGGCAGGGCAAUCAUCAGCCUGAAAGGAUACAGGGCAUUGCCCGGCUUGGAACAGACCAGAGGGAAACGAAAACGUGAGCCUGAUCGAGAACCUCGUGAUGAGAGCCCAGCUGCAAGUGAAUCGAGCGGAUCGGGAUCUAAACGAGGCGCCAAAGGAAGUAAAGGAAAGCCGAGUCUCAAGAAGCAAGCCAGCAACGUCGUGGUGCCCUGUGUCAUGGAAUGGCCAGAAGCGUUCAAGCAACUAGAGAAGACACAUCGCGCACUCAGCCUUGUGUAUACCUUUUGCACAACACGGAAACACCUCGCUACAACAUUCGACACGAUAAAAUCGGCCGUGGAAGCUCACACAAAACGAGACCUCUCAAUUGAAGAGAUUGCAUCGAUGGUAGCACUUCGCCCAGAGGGCAUCUACUUCGCCUACGUUGACGAGGUUAUGCUGCAACUCGACAUCAAAGGAUCAGAAAGAGAUGAUGUUUUCAGAAACGGAAGGUCGUCAAGGUCGCAGGCUCCAGCUCACGACGCGUCGGUUGGCGGAUAUUCCGGCAUGGAGAGUCUUGACAAGCAAUACGAUCGCGAACUCGAGCCCACGGGACGGGAGGUGCUGUUUCUCGAGUUUCUCGAUGGUGAUCUAAAGCGUCAGGUCCCCAGUAAGACAGGGGAACCGACGAACCCAAACAGAAGGUUGAGAGCGGAGCAGCUGAGGAUGCCCGUCUUCAGCCAAAAGCAGAUGACGAACCUCAUUGAGAGGCGGAACCAAAAGUUUGCGAAUGCUAUCAAUGUCUUUCUGAACAAGUGUGUCGAAGACAAACUGGACCCGCAGGAGGCCCUUACAGAACGGACAAAGAGCCACAUCCCGAUGCCAUCAACGAACGAAGACUUUUCCCCAGAGAAGGCAGCAGACUCUAUACCGGAGAGUAUUCCAAAAGAACGAAAGUCAAUACCUGAGAUUGUUCAAGAGCUCAAAGACAGCCCGUGGUAUACGGGACAGAUUGUCCCAGACGGACAUCGAGUAUUUGAGCAACAGGAACCUGUCUAUGGCGAUCUCAACUUUCUACUGAGCCAGGAUUUGGUGAAUGCUCUGUACAACGCCAAAGGGAUCACUAAGUUCUACGCACAUCAAUCAGAAGCUCUCAACAGUCUUCAUGAUGGCCAGCAUGUCGUCGUGUCAACGUCAACAAGCUCUGGAAAGAGUUUAAUCUACCAACUUCCGGUGCUCUACGCCCUUGAGCAAGAUUACAACUCCAGAGCCAUGUACAUUUUCCCGACAAAAGCUUUGGCACAAGACCAGAAGCGGAGCCUGAAAGAGAUGAUGGGUUACAUGCCUGGUCUCGAAGAAACCAUGGUUGAGACCUUUGACGGAGAUACUCCUAUGACCGAUCGAAACAUGAUUCGAGAGCAAGCGAGGAUCAUCUUUACCAACCCGGACAUGCUUCACAUCACCAUCCUACCUCAGGAGGAGCGCUGGAGGUCAUUCUUGAAGAAUCUCAAGUACGUUGUUGUGGACGAGUUGCACUACUACAACGGCCAGAUGGGAUCCCACAUGUCAUUUAUCAUGCGAAGGCUAAGGCGAAUUUGUGCUGCCGUAGGAAACCGACGCGUCAAGUUCAUCUCUUGCUCAGCCACGGUAGCCAACCCUGAGCAGCAUUUCAAGACGAUAUUCGGCAUUGACAACGUCCGCCUGAUAGAUUUCGAUGGGUCCCCAUCUGGACGGAAAGAGUUUCUCUGCUGGAACACGCCCUACAAGGACCCUGGUGACCCUGCUUCUGGACGCGGCAGUGCCAAGUUCGAGUGUGCGCGUCUCUUCUGCGCCCUCAUGUUGAGGGGAGUGAGGAUCAUUGCAUUCUGCAGGGUCAGAGCCCAAUGUGAGGUGCUGGUUAGCGCCAUCAAGCAAGAAUUGGAGGCCUUGGGGCGUCCAGAAUGCAUCAACCUCGUGAUGGGAUACCGUGGCGGUUAUACGGCACAGGACAGACGCAGGAUUGAGACUGAAAUGUUUCAGGGUCAGCUCCUGGGAAUUGUCGCGACUACGGCGCUGGAACUAGGCAUCGACAUUGGCUCGUUGGACUGUGUCAUGACCUGGGGUUUCCCGUAUACUAUUGCCAAUCUGCGUCAACAGAGCGGCAGGGCUGGACGCCGCAACAAGGAUUCGCUGUCAAUCCUGGUUGGCGACGGGUUUGCUACCGACCAACACUACAUGCAGAACCCGGACGAGCUAUUUACAAAGCCCAACUGCGAGCUGCAGGUUGACCUGGAGAAUAUGCUGGUGCGUGAAGGCCACAUUCAAUGUGCGGCUUACGAGAUGCCCAUACGUCCAAAUGAGGACAAGAAGUACUUCGGCAAAGACUUGCCGAAGAUCUGCGACGAGCGCUUGCUGAGGGAUGAGAUGGGGUUCUACCACUGCCACGAUCGAUUUCGACCAAUCCCUGCAAAGUACGUUGCUAUUCGAGACACGGAAGAUGAGCACUUUGCUAUUAUCGACAUUACAAACGGGCGAAACGUCGUGUUGGAAGAGCUGGAGGCCUCCAGGGCGACGUUUACCAUCUACGACGGUGCCAUCUUUCUUCACCAGGGCAACCCGUACCUUGUACGAGACUUCCUCCCUGACAAGAGGAUGGCCAAGGUGGAAAGGGUCAAGGUGGACUGGACAACUGUGCAGCGCGACUAUACUGAUAUCGACCCUACUGAGACGGAAGCCAUUAGGACUAUUCCAGGGUCGCGCUCACAUGCCUACUAUGGUACUAUCAAGAUUCAGCAAAACGUGUUCGGCUUCUUCAAGGUUGACCGGAAGGGACGGGUACUUGACGCAGUGCAAGUGGACAACCCGCCAGUCAUUCGUUUCAGCAAAGGGAUGUGGCUUGACGUCCCCAAGAAGGCCAUUGAUAUCCUUCAGACACGACGGCUUCAUGUGGCAGCUGGGAUUCAUGCAGCAGAGCAUGCCAUCAUGAGUCUACUACCGACGUUUGUCGUCAGCAUGCCCGGCGACGUACGAACCGAGUGUAAGAUUGCAAAAAAGGAGUUUGCAAAACAAGAGACUCAGAGAAAGCGGCCAGCGCGGUUGACAUUCUACGACGCCAAAGGAGGCGCAGGAGGGUCAGGUAUCAGCACCAAAGCAUUUGAUCACAUCGACCAGCUGCUACGGGAUGCCCUGCAGCGAGUUGAAGGUUGUCGGUGUGAGCGAGGCUGUGUGGAAUGUGUAGCAUCAGAGUUGUGCAAGGAAGCUAACGAGGUGAUGAGCAAGGCGGGAAGCCAGGUGGUUCUCAAGACGCUGCUAAACAUGGAAGUGGACGUGGAUGAGCUACCGAUGGGCCCAGAGCUGAACACGCCUGUGGGCAUCGAGACGGUGGUGGUCGCAGAGGCUGUGCCAUACCGUACCAAAGAUGCAGUGUUUGGGAACAAGCCGGCAGUGCAGGAGGGCCAAGGCUCGUCCGGGGACGUUUCUGGGGACGCUGCCAAGCCAGGAGGUUCUGGAACUCCAGAUGGCGACGGGGGGUUCGAGAGGUGGCUUGGGGGUUCAAUGUAA